AUGAGCGGUCAGUUUGAGGAAGAUCUCCGAGCGGGGGAGAGGAAAAGCAGUAAAUCCCCGACACUGCUCUCCUCUUACUGCAUAGACAGCAUUCUGGGCCGCCGGAGUCCCUGUAAGGUCAGACUGAUCGGUGCGCAAAGUUUGACGGGUCUGCCCGGCAGAGGAGAGCUGGACAAGACGGCAGACGGGUCAACGAAAGACCCCCUGACACUCAGCGCUGACAUGCACCUGCCACCCAAGCUCCGUCGGCUCUACGGACAGGGGGGGAAGUACCUUCACGAUCACGCAGAGAAGCUGGAGAGGGAGCGGCUCCUCUUGGAACAAGCAAGCGAGAGCCUCAAAAUCAGCCAGGCUCCGCAGGUGAGCAUCAGCCGCAACAAGUCCUACAGAGAGAACGUGGCGCUGAGCCGGGGAGAGGGCGAUCAGAGCCCCGGGGAGGGCUCGGAGGACAGCAACAUGGGACUGGUAGAGCUCGGCCCGUUGAAGUUCGAGGAGGACGCCGGGAAGGAGGAGGAGAGCUGCGGGGACGCGGCGGCGCUGUCCCCGAAGGACGAGGAGAGGGAGAGCUUGAACACCGGGGAUGGGGAAGGGAGGGACGGGGAGGACAGCGUGUGUCUGUCGGCGGGCAGUGACUCGGAGGAAGGGAUGAUGAAACGGAAGCAAAGAAGAUACAGGACUACCUUCACCAGUUACCAGCUGGAGGAGCUGGAGAGGGCUUUUCAGAAGACGCACUACCCUGACGUCUUCACCAGGGAAGAGCUCGCAAUGCGCCUGGAUCUUACCGAGGCCCGUGUCCAAGUGUGGUUUCAGAACCGCAGGGCCAAGUGGAGGAAGCGUGAGAAGGCCGGGGUGCAGGCACACCCGUCGGGCUUGCCUUUCCCAGGCCCUCUGGCAGCAGGCCACCCUCUCAGCCACUACCUGGAUGGGGGGCCUUUCCCUCCUCACCCACACCCGGCUCUAGAGUCCGCCUGGACGGCUGCUGCCGCCGCAGCCGCGGCCUUCCCUGGCCUGGCCCCGCCACCCCACAACGGCUCGGCCCAACCCCUGGCCACCCCACUCGGUCUGGGCACUUUCCUGGGCACGGCAGCCAUGUUCCGCCACCCUGCCUUCAUCGGACCCACUUUUGGCAGGCUCUUCUCCAGUAUGGGUCCUCUGACCAGUGCUUCCACCGCCGCAGCUCUCCUUCGUCAGCCCGCUCCUCCCGUAGAGAAUCCCUCCCAUGCGGGUCCCAUCCUCCCUGACCCUUCCUCAUCCUCCUCUGUCCCUUCCGCAGCCGCAGCAGACCGCAGGGCCUCCAGUAUCGCGGCGCUGCGCCUGAAGGCCAAGGAACACUCGGCUCAGCUCACCCAGCUUAACAUUCUGUCCACCGGCGCUCCGGGGAAGGAGGUGUGCUGA